UACUGAGGGCGGGGUGUGACCCAUGGUAGGAGAUUCCUGGUAUGAGUGUCAAGGUAUUAUGGGUGCUUAUAGCUUUGGUUGCCGAGGUAACGACAACGCCGUGCGUCAAGACGCACAAAGCAUGACGUAACGGGAGCGCCGCCGAGAGCCGUCAAAAGAGAGCAUCAGCGAGACAUCGCCGGAGACAUGCCAAAUAAAACCAAAAAAGACAAGGAGCCCUCCAAGUCGGGAUGCACAAGGGGCACCGGAAGAAACAGCAAGGACAGCGGCGGUGGAGAGACGGCCGAGGAGGCCCAGCAGACGGUGAACAAGCGUCCGAGUCCGAGCGCCCCGCCGCCCACCCAGCUCAACAAGAUACAGUAUGGCGGAGGAUCCCAGAUUGUCAAGAGGGAGCGCAGGCACAGUUCCUCUCGGUUUAGCCUGAGCAAAAACAGAGAGCUCUAUAAACUGCCCCCGCUGAAAGACUGUGGCCCCGGAGAGGAGCGAGAGGCUCUCUUUGUCCAGAAGAUCAGACAGUGCUGCGUACUUUUUGACUUCGUGUCGGAUCCUCUCAGUGACCUGAAGUAUAAGGAGGUGAAGAGAGCCGGUCUCAGCGAGAUGGUGGAGUACAUCACACACAACCGAGACAUCCUCACCGAAUGUAUUUACCCCGAAGCCGUGCAGAUGUUUUCCGUGAAUUUGUUCCGUCCGCUGCCUCCUUCCUCGAAUCCGAGUGGAGCCGAGUUUGACCCGGAGGAGGAUGAACCCACGCUGGAAGCGGCCUGGCCUCAUCUCCAGCUGGUUUAUGAGUUUUUCCUCCGGUUUCUGGAAUCAGCGGAUUUUCAACCCAAUAUCGCCAAAAAAUUCAUUGACCAGAAGUUUGUGUUAUCGCUGCUGGACCUGUUUGACAGCGAAGACCCUCGAGAACGAGACUUCUUGAAGACGAUUCUCCACCGAAUAUACGGGAAGUUCCUGGGGUUACGCGCCUAUAUACGACGGCACAUAAACAACAUAUUCUACAGAUUUAUUUAUGAGACGGAACAUCACAACGGGAUCGCGGAGCUUCUGGAAAUUCUUGGCAGCAUUAUUAACGGCUUUGCUCUGCCUCUGAAGGAGGAGCACAAGAUGUUUCUGAUCCGUGUCCUCCUACCUCUUCACAAAGCCAAGUCACUGAGUGUCUACCACCCGCAGCUCGCUUACUGCGUGGUUCAGUUCUUGGAGAAGGACAGCAGCCUCACUGAGCCGGUGAUUUCGGGUUUGCUUCGGUUCUGGCCGCGCACGCACAGCCCUAAAGAAGUCAUGUUCCUGAACGAGCUGGAAGAGAUUUUAGACGUGAUGGAGCCGGGAGAGUUCAGUAAAAUCAUGGAGCCGCUGUUCCGCCAGCUCGCCCAGUGCGUUUCCAGCCCGCACUUUCAGGUUGCUGAGCGAGCUCUUUAUUACUGGAAUAACGAAUACAUUCUGAGCCUUAUGAGCGAUAAUGCAGCCCAGAUUCUGCCCAUCAUGUUCCCAGCGCUGUACCGCAACUCCAAAAACCACUGGAACAAGACGAUCCAUGGGCUGAUUUAUAACGCUUUGAAGCUGUUCAUGGAGAUGAAUCAGAAGCUGUUCGAUGAUUGCACGCAGCAGUACAAGGCUGAGAAGCAAAGAGGGAAGCUUCGAGGCAAAGAAAGAGCCGAGAUGUGGAAUCGUAUCGAGGAAAUGGCCCGACUGAACCCUCAGUAUCCCAUGUUCAAUGCUCCUCCAGCUCUAAGUGUCAUCUGCUCCAUGGAGACAGACACUCCAACCGCGGAGGACAUUCAGAUCCUGAAGAGGACAGUGGAGACUGAGGCCAUGCAGGUCCUGCGCAGUUCACCGCAUGAGCAGAUGCUGCUGUGCAGGAAGUCUGAGCUUCCACAAGAUAUUUACACCAUCAGAGCUCUGGAGUCCCACAGGAGAGCGGAGGAAUAUUUGAGCAGCAACCAGGAGGCGCUCUGACCCUCUCUAUAACCAGGACUAACAGCCGGGGAAGGUUCUGACCCGCUCUAUAACAAGGACUAACAGCCAGGAGGAGCCCAGAAACCCCAGCACUUAGUCCAGUGUGGCAUUCUGACCCUCCCUAUGUCCAAGACUUUCAGCCAGGAGCCCCUCUGUCCUUACCUGCACCUGGCACUCGACCAGAAGCCCCUUUGUCCUUCAGUGUAUACGUACUGAGCCGGGGGAACUCUGUACCCCUUGCUGGUUCUCUGACCUUCCCAAGACCCAGAAUCACGGGCAGAAGGCUUUAAUUUCCAAUGAGCUGCCUUAAGUUAGUUAAAAUAUGACUUAAGCAGAGUCUCCCUUCCACUUUAGGGGUGUAUUUAUUAAGCUUAGAGUUUGCAAUAGAAGCUGCAGUUUUAUCUCCCUGACCUCACUGCAGGAAAUGCUCAGCUAGCCCUAAAUAAUGUAUUAUAUUAUAAUGUAAUAUUGCUAGCAUAAGAUUAAAAAUAAGUUUACAAAAA